GUGUAGAGGAAGGAGGCCUGGAAAGAAGGAAAGAACUGUCACUUCUACUAAAUAAUUGACAGCCUUUUCUUACAGCAAGCAUUCUUGCGUUAUUGCUCCUGUGAAGCCUCAUGAAGACAUGAGUGUCCCAGACUACAUGCAGUGUGCGGAGGACCACCAGACGGUUUUAGUGGUGGUCCAGCCCGUUGGCAUCGUGCCAGAGGACCAGUUCUUCAAUAUCUACAAGCGCAUCGCCAGCACGAGCCAGGUGAGCAUCCGGGACUCCCAGCGCCUGCUCUACGUCCGCUACCGCCACCACUACCUGCCAGAGAACAACGAGUGGGGCGACUUCCAGACCCACCGCAAGGUGGUAGGCCUCAUUGCCGUGACCACCUGCGCAUCAGCCAAGGAGUGGCCUCAGACGUCGGACCGCUUCCAUGCACAGAAGGAGGUGUUUGGCUCAACGCUCUACGACUCGCGCCUGCUAGUGUUCGGGCUCCAGGGAGAGAUUGCCGAGCAGCAGCGCACAGAUGUGGCUUUCUACUCCAGCUACGACGAGUGCCCCGAUGUGGAAAAGAGGGUGGAGGACUUUGUGCAGUCUAUCUUCAUUGUGCUGGAGUCCAAGAGGUUGGACCGGGCCACUGACAAGUCUGGAGACAAGAUACCACUGCUCUGUGUUCCUUUUGAGAAGAAAGACUUUGUGGGUCUAGACACUGAUAGCAGGCACUAUAAGAAGCGCUGCCAGGGUCGGAUGAGGAAGCACGUGGGCGACCUUUGUCUGCAGGCGGGCAUGUUGCAGGACGCCCUGGUCCACUACCACAUGGCCGUGGAGCUCCUGCGCUCCGUCAACGACUUCCUUUGGCUGGGGGCUGCUUUGGAGGGAUUGUGUUCGGCCUCAGUCAUAUUCCACUACCCAGGGGGCACUGCAGGCAAGGCCGCCGGACGCAAACCCAGCAUCUCCCAGCCUGCGGAUGCUGGGAAGAGACACCGGCCAGGGGCACAGGAGGUUCUCAUUGACCCAGGUGCCCUCACAGCCAAUGGGAUCAGUGCAGACACCAGCACUGAGAUCGGCCGUGCCAAGAACUGUCUAAGCCCAGAGGACAUCAUAGAGAAAUACAAGGAGGCCAUUUCCUACUAUGGCAAGUACAAGAACGCAGGCGUCAUCGAGCUGGAGGCCUGUGUCAAGGCGGUCCGGGUGCUGGCCAUUCAGAAGAGGGCUAUGGAGGCCUCAGAGUUCCUCCAGAACGCCGUCUACAUCAACCUGGGCCAGCUGUCCGAGGAGGAGAAGAUCCAGCGCUACAGCAUCCUGUCCGAGCUCUACAACUUGAUCGGCUUCCACCGCAAGUCGGCCUUCUUCAAGCGCGUGGCCGCCAUGCAGUGUGUGGCGCCCACCAUCCCCGAGCCGGGCUGGAGGGCCUGCUACAAGCUGCUGCUGGAGACCCUGCCGGGUUACAGCCUCUCCCUCGACCCUAAGGACUUCAGCAGGGGGUCCCAUUGUGGCUGGGCGGCUGUGCAGAUGCGUCUCCUCCACGAGCUGGUGUAUGCCUCGCGGCGUAUGGGCAACCCUGGCCUGUCUGUCCGCCACCUGUCCUUCCUCCUGCAGACCAUGCUGGACUUCCUGUCUGACCAAGAGAAGAAAGAGGUCACUCAGAGUCUGGAGAACUACACCUCCAAGUGCCCAGGUGGGAUGGAGGUCAUCUCCCUCCCUGAUGGACUCAAGCUUCCCCCGGUGCCUUUUACCAAGCUACCCAUCGUCAGAUCAGUGAAGCUACUCAAUCUGCCUGUCAGCCUGCGCCCCCACAAAGUAAAAGGCCUGCUGGGACAAAACAUGUCCACUGCUAGCCCCUUUAUCUACUCGCCCAUCAUCAUGCACAACCGGGGAGAGGAGCGCUGCAAGAAGAUAGAUUUCCAGUGGGUUCAGGGCGAUGUGUGUGAGGUGCAGCUGAUGGUGUACAACCCUAUGCCCUUUGAGCUGCGUGUAGAGAACAUGGGCUUGCUGACAUCAGGUGUUGAAUUUGAGUCUCUUCCUGCUGCCCUGUCCUUGCCUGCGGAGUCUGGUCUCUACCCCGUCACCCUGGUAGGGGUUCCCCGCACUGCAGGCAACAUCACAGUCAAUGGGUACCACACGUCGGUGUUCGGGGUGACCAGUGACUGUCUGCUGGAGGCCCUGCCUAGUGUGAAGACCAGCGGCUGCCUGGUGGAGGUGGUGCCCUCCCUGCCUCGUCUGCAGCUUAGCACCUCCCUGCCCCGGUCUGCCCACACGGCCCAGCCCAUGUCCAAAGAGGAGCUGUCCAGCAGCGUCUCCAGCCAGCUGUUCAACGGAGAGACCCAGCUGCUGACCAUUACCCUGGAGAACAUCGGCGCAGAGGACAUCGAGACGCUGGAGGUCACCUCCAAGAUGAUCAGCACCAAAGAGAAGCUGUUUGGGGAGUUUCUGACCUGGAACCUGGAGGAGGUGCUGUCCCACCUGCCGCUGAAGCCUGGCCAGUCGCUGACGCUGAACGUCAACAUCAAAGUCAAACUGGACUUCUCUGGCCAGGAGAACCUUCUCCAGGACCUGAAUGACGAUGGGAUCAGUGUGACAGGCCUGCCCAUCUCCAGCCCCCUGCGGCAGCUCCUCAAGCCCAGGGCCGAGGCCAAGCCCCUGGGCAGCGAGUCCAGCAAGGCCGAGUACAACCACGUGAAGACUUUGGAGGCGGUGGUGAACUUCAGGUACUCUGGCGGAGCGGGCAAGGUGGAGGGCUACUAUCGGGACCUGACCCUGGGCGUGCACGUGGACGUGGAGCCCUCCGUGUUCUUCACCAGGGUCAGCACUCUCCCUGCCACCAGCACGCGCCACUGCCAUCUGCUCCUGGACGUGUUUAACUCCACAGAACACGAGCUGACGCUCAGCGCCCACAACAACCAGGACCUGGUGCUGCACGCCAGCGAGUGCCAGAGAAUGGCCAUCCAAGUGGACAAGUUUGACUUUGAGAGCCUGCCCCAGCCAGCCCUGGAGGCCACGCGCUUCGUCAGCCCCAAGCAGCUGGAGGAGGAGCGCAGGCACGUCCACGGCUGCCACAUCAACAGCAAGCUGGGCAUCCAGUGGAACAUCCCGUCAAUGCGCAGGCUCGGGGAGGCCAGCGUGGAGGGAGUCCUCAACCAGCUGGUCCUGGAGCACCUGCAGUUGGCACCUCUUCAGUGGGACGUGAUGGUGAACGGGAAGCCGUGCGACUGCGACGUCAUCGCCAGCUGCGACGUGGGCGACGCCGUGCCCCUGGAAGUGAAACUGACCAAUCGGAGCAGGAACGCGGUGGGCCCCUUCGCCCUCACCGUGGUGCCCUUCCAGGACUACCAGAACGGCGUCCAGAACUACGACCUCCAGGACGCGGUCACCUUCAUCGGCUCCAACACGUUCUACAUCGACACGGUGAGACCCACUGAGAGCUCCGUCUGUGUGGGAGCUCUGCUGUUCCUCCACACUGGAGACUUCUACCUGAACAUCAAGUUCCAGGACGACAGCGCCGGCCGCGAGCUGCCCCUGGCCUGGUUCGGCCUGCCCAGCGUCCACAUCAAGGCCCAGGAUGCUCCCAUGGAGGCGGGAGCCUAGAGGAGCCUAGAGGAGCCUAGAGGGGCCUGGUGGGGCAUGGUGGGGCCUGGUGGGGCAUGGUGGGGCCUGGUGGGGCCUGGUGG